UGGCUGCCCACUAUUCACCGAGGGUAUUUGUAUUUACGUUUAGUUUGUUAUCUGUUUUAAGACAGACAGGUGAAGAAAGAGCCCGUGUCAUAAACUACAGCGUGUAACAACUCCGUUAAAUCAGCCGUUAGAGUGUCGGUUGAGAGACGCCAUUUUCCCGGUCGUUGUGAAACUGAGGGUUCACGUCUGGUUUUCUUUUCAUUUUUGCUGAGCUGUCAAGCUGCUCAUUGUUGUUGGACUACGACUGCUUUGUGUUUAUUAUCGAGCUAAGCAAGCUAAACAACAUACCUGCGAGUCCAACGCAUACAUUACAUCCAGGAGCCUUAUAGUCGCUAUGUUUAGCCCAGUGAAGUCUUCUUAUUUCAGAGUUAGCCCAGCCAUUGUCAACAGAGAACUCGGCAAGACCAAAUGAGAUAGCAAGAGGGCAUAUCAGAGUACUAACUAACACAUGGUUGAGACGAGGUAGAGCCCCAGCAUAACGCAGAUAACACGGAAUAAAUCACUCAAGCAGCAUGUUUGGGAAUCUUUUUGAGGAAGAAGAGGAGGAAUGCUUCUCUUUGACCUCCUCCAGUGGGAGAGUUGCAAAGGGGGGAGACGAGCCACCUCCGCCCCGAGGAAGAAGCAGUCUGUGCGGCAUCAAGAACCAGGGGGGCACCUGCUACCUCAACUCCCUGCUCCAGACCCUGCUGUUCACCCCAGAGUUCAGAGAGGAGCUGUUCAGUUUGGGAGCAGAUGAAUUGGGAUGCCUGGAAGACAAAGACAAACCAGGGGCCAAAGUCAGACUGAUCCCACUGGAGCUACAGAGACUGUUUGCCAGUCUGCUGCUGGUAGACCAGCAGAGCGCCUCCACUGCAGACCUUACUGACAGCUUUGGCUGGAACAGCAGCGAGGGAACAAAUCAGCAUGAUGUGCAGGAGCUGAACAGGAUUUUGUUCAGCGCGCUGGAGCACUCUCUUGUGGGCACCACAGGUAGCACAUUUAUCCACCAGCUGUAUCAUGGGACCAUUGUCAACAGCAUCGCCUGCAAGGAGUGUGGAAACAUCAGUCAGAGACAGGAGGACUUCCUGGACCUGACGGUGUGUGUUUGUGGCGUGUUGAGCCUGGAGGAGGCUCUGUGGAACAUGUUUGUGGAGGAAGAGUUGUUUCAGGGCAAUAACCUGUACCGCUGUGCGCAGUGUGACAGGCUGGUCACUGCUGCCAAGUCUGCCAAGCUGAAGAAACUACCUCCAUUUAUGACCAUGUCUUUGCUGAGGUUCAGCUUUGACUACGCCAAAUGUGAGCGAUACAAGGAGACAGGACGCUACGUUUUCCCCUUAAACAUCAACCUACGGCCCUUUUGUGAAGAGACUGAUGGAGAGGACUCUGAUUACUCCUACGAGCUGUUCUCUGUGAUUAUCCAUAAGGGUGGCUGCUAUGGAGGCCAUUACCAUGUUUAUAUCAGAGACAUAGACCAGCUUGGACAAUGGGAGCCAACGGAGGAGGACUGCAAAGCUAAGACUCAGAAGAAAGUGAAGGAUGAGGUCAAGCAAAUGUGUGAGCCAAAACUUCAAGAAGACGACCCUUUGUCUGUCAUCAGUGCUAUUAUUACACAGGAGCCAUCAAAGAGUGUCCUGUUGGACCAGCUGGGACAGAAAAUCAUGGGUAAAAUCGGUUCAUCCUGGAGCAAAAAGUUCAGAAAACACUAUGGGCCCAUAGGAAAGUUCCUGCAGUCCCACAAUGAUGUUUUCAUGCUGGUUUCCAACGGUACUCGAGUGGCACUGAAGGCCAACCCUCCGAGCCCUGUGACUGAGCCCCCCAGUCCACCAGAGCAGACCACUGACUCUGAUCCUUCAACACCCUCAGACCCUGGAGCUGCUGAACAACAGCCGGGACCAGACCAGAAGCCAGAGCCCGAACAAAAGCAGGGUAGCCACUGGUUCGACCUUAACGACUCCGCAGUGACUUCCAUCAGGGAGUCUGACAUAGAGAAGCAGUUCCAGGGCAAAGAGAGCGCAUACAUGCUGUUCUACAGAAAAACACAGCUGCAAAGGCCCAGUGAAGCUUUGAAAAAUCCUCAAUACAAAGUUCCUCUUAACCUCAUCAAGAUGGCCCAGGAGGAGAACAUCAGAGUGCAGAAAAUGCGCGAGGAAUUUGAAGCUACAAAUAACACCGUGGAGCUGCAUCUCCACCUGGCACCCUCUUAUAGGCUAGAAAAUGGAGCCCUGCAGCCAAUCAGCAAAGAGCAGAGCGGGAGCACAGAUUUGAGUUUCGACCGUAGAAAGACUGUGGGAGAUCUUCGAUUAGCUAUAUAUCAGAUGCAGGAACUCUGGGAAGGGGAUAUGGCUCUGACUGUGGCCAGGAGUCUUCCUGCAGGUCUACACCUCUACACUACACUUAUAGAUGACUGUGUCUCCCUGUACAGUGCAGGCAUUUGUACAAACUCUGACCUCUUCGUGUGGAAUGGCAGAGAGGUGUGCGGUGCAGCUGUCCUAACUGGAGCCGAGUGGGAACCAGUGCUGCUGAAUGUAGUCCGUCCCUUUCUGGAAGAUUGCGAUCAGGAAAAGGAAGAUGAGAUGGAGUGUGAGGAGGGAAGAGGAAGUUUUGAAAACGGGGGUCCAGGGCUUAAAAGGGAGGCGAGAGGGUUUGCAGGUGCUGCGACUCUUGGGGAGGUGAGGGUGGCACUGGGGGAGCCUCAGGAGAGUCUGCUGUGCCAGGAGCAUAACGGAAAAAAGAGGGGUGAACAGGGAGCAGGGGAGGGAGGAGGGGCGAGUGGAUGGAGGGUGUUCCCCCCCGACGACAUGCAUCGGACGCUUAAGGAGUUGUCGCUGAAAGACGGUGACGCGCUGCUGGUGCUGGAACCGCAUUCCUUUGACAGCAGUGUGUUCACUCGAAACGGAGACGUUGUCACUGUGACGACGCCUUCCGACUGCCGCUGGCUCCAGGUGGAGUUUCGACCACAUGGAGGAGGGGGAGAAGAAGGGGAUAAAGAAGAGGAGAGGAGGAAGGUUAAGGUCCCAGCUGCAGGAAAUAUGCUGCUGUCGGAGGUGAAGCAGAGGACCAUAGAGGAGCUGCAGAUAGAAGAACAAACCAAAGGUGCACAGUACUGCCUGAGACAGGUGGACUGCGCAGGGAAACUCCUUCCUCCAGUGUGUGAGGAGCUGAGUGUUCGGGAUGCCGGCGUGCGACUCAUGACCACACUCUCUCUCUGUCCGGGAAAUGCCCCCAAGGCUUCACAGCUUUUCUUGCACUUCUCUGUGGGCAUAGCACCCUCUGCUGGAUUGGAAAAGGACAUCAUUGUCGAGAAAUCUUGUACUGUAAAAGAGUGUCUAAAGGCAAUGCUGGAUGAUGUUGGACUUGAUGGCACCUAUUGGCACUUAAGAAGGCUUGAUUGGUGUGAGGAGGUUGGAGAGCCAAUCAUGGAUGAGGAUGCUCCUCUGUCAGAGCUGAAGUUAAACAAUGGAGAGACAUUGAUCGUCACUGAAGGACAACUUCCUCCGAAGGGUUUUCUCAAUUUAUCUGUGUGGCUGUAUCUGGAUAUGAGAAACAAUUCGGCAGAUUUCACAGACUUUAAUCACACUGACAACGGCCACACUCAGGAGCAAAUGCUAGAGUUUUGGACGGCAGGGGAAACAAACAGCCCCUCACCUCCCCUGUGUGCCGGCAACACGGCAGAGCUGAGAAGUGCUGGACAGGUGGAGAUAUCAGACGAAGCCACACUGGAGGAUCUUAAAACUCAGGUGUUGACGCUGCCAGCCCUUCAGGAUGUGUGUUUGCCAACCACUGCGUUCUUGCGUGUGUGGCAGCUCGAGGGUCGGAGGCUAGCACGUAUCCUCAGAGGACAACAGUUCACACUCAAGAAGUUGAAGCUGACCAGUGGCAUGGAUCUUUGUGUGCAACAUCUACUAAGAGAAGAAGAUCUUGGUCCUAAGGAUGUGAUGCUGAAUGUUAAAAUGGGAAUACCAGGGGAGCGAUGUUACUACCCUCCAGAGGAGCUGGUUUGGGAUGCAGCCCGGGACUCUUCUCCUCGCUCUCUACGCACCUGUCUGGCUGCUCACUACGGACUCUCUCCUGACUCCCUGCUGCUGGCCAAACACCAACCGGACAAACACACCUGGGACGAAAUCUCAAACUGGAACCAGCAGUUUUCCAAAAAGAAAAAGAAGAGAAAGGCAGAGUCUCUACUGGGAGCGCCAUUUCACCUCAAAGAUGGUGACACAAUCGGUCUCAAGAAUCUUUUGAUUGACAACAACAGGAACUUCCUCACCCUGGAGGAUGAACAGGGCCAACAGAGGCUCAGGGAGCAGGCAGAGCAGCGCAGGAAAGGAGGCCAGGCUGUUGGACUACAGGAGAAGGCUGGACCUAACAAAUCCAGGAAACCAGAAGUAGCGCUGUCAAUCAAAGUUGGGGUAUUCAGAUAGCAUCUCGCUCUGUGGGUGCAUGGACAAAUCAGAACUACUUUUGAAACCACACACACACACACACACACACACACACACACACACACACACACACACACACACACACACACACACACACACACACACACACACACACACACACGAUGCAAUUAGGACAAUCCACUUGGCGUCAAUGUUGUGCCAUUUUCUUUUUCUAAUAUUUGUUUGACUGUAGUUCACCACAAUUAUUAUAAAACCAACUUGACAAAACUCUUUAUUUUUUGAAGGAAGAGAAGGAAUUUCAUUUUCACUAUUUGCCAAAUUGUUUUUGAGCACAAUUUAGAUUAUUUCAAUGCAUAAUUACUGGAAUUAUUUUUAGAUGCCCUACGUUUGUCUUUCUUCUUCUCUAUAGCUUUUAAUGUGUUCCCUUAUACUUAAAGUAGGAGCCCAAACUACUUCAUUUGCUUUUACCGUACAGGCUAGCGGUUAUAUACUGACGCUUAUAACAACUGCAGUUUCUGGCUCAUAUCCUGUUUGUUUACGUGUAUAAAAAUAGAAAUCAGGGUGAUAACAUACAUGUAGCCAGGAGAUAGUGGCUUUAACGAAAAAUCUACCAUCAUUCAGUUUUGUUGUUGCUCAAUAGGUGUUGAAAAGUGAUGCUCAUAUUUGUGAUAAACCUAUCACUGUGCACCGAGAACAAAAACAUUCAUCAUGAUGAUGGGGUCAUUUUAGGUUGAUAAGGAGAAGGGAGAUAGGCCUUAAUGUGGAGAAGCCUGGGUGCUGCUCUGUCCUCCCUACCUCACUCUCUGCCUCUCCUGCUCUACCUCUGCUGCCCUGUCUGGUUUCACCUCCAAGUUCUUACUUUAAAACACGAUUACAUUUCUCUAAUCUAAGUAUGCUAUGGUUAAACAAGUAUUUCAGUUGUGGAUGGUUUGAUAAUUUGGCUCUUUGCAUUUAGCACUUAAGGUGUGACAUGACACAUCAACAGUUUGAGUGAGGCCUUUUGCCAUAUUCUUUAAUCGGUUAAAUGGCAUUCGACCUAUUGGACAUUAUCCACCCUCUUUAGAGCUGAAAAUAACUGUAGCCUAUCUUUAGUUUCACUUUAAUUUAUGAUUUCACAUUCAUAGGAAUAACUCUGGAGCCAAACAUCAUUGUGUCAUGUAUCAAUCAAUGACCGGAUGAAUUUGCUGCUCACCGCUGCUUCAGAUUCAUACUGUAAAACAUUCAUAUUAUUCCUGCCCCUACCCUCCAUGAUUAAGUAAAGAUCCCUGAGUUGCACUUUUAUUGUGAAACACGUAAUGUUAAUUUGCAUGUACUAUAUAUGAACUUCAGGGAACUAAAGGUAAAACCUUAUUUUAAAUAUUGUUUUUGAAAUAAAGUGACAACAUAAUGUGGUUACUUUAAAAAGUGUGACAUUCGGGAAGAAAUGAUUUUGUUUUAUACAAUUUUUAUGCUGGUUGCAGGUUUCAUGUAUACAUCUGGCCUUAAUUGGUGCCAAUAAGUACUUCUUUUUUUUUGAAAAAUGUACUCAGCAAUAGUGUUAUUGAUUACAUUUUGGAUGUUAUUGAUAAAAGACUUCUCUACUGUAUUACGACAGUGCACAUCUGUUUGUAUCCGUGUCAGAUUGUGAAGGCAGAACAUAUUUUAUCAACAAUAAAGAAAUGCAGUAGUAAA